AUGGCAUACCAAACGCUACUCCAAGAAUAUAUGCUCAUACCCCCAGUCACCAGAGCAUAUACUACAGCUUGUGUUGUCACUACAUUAGCUGUUCAAUUGGAUCUAGUAUCACCAUUUCAAUUAUAUUUUAACCCUAAUCUAAUAUUAAGGAAAUAUCAACUAUGGAGGCUAAUAAGUACAUUCCUCUUUUUUGGAAAUUUAGGAUUCAACUUUUUCUUCAAUAUGAUAUUUACCUACAGAUACUGUAGAAUGCUUGAAGAGGGCUCUUUCAGAGGAAGAACUGCAGACUUUGUUGUAAUGUUUGUGUUUGGCGGAGUCCUCAUGAUUAUAGGUGCUUUCUUCGUGAAUUUAUUAUUUUUAGGACAAGCAUUUACCAUUAUGAUUGUGUAUGUAUGGUCUCGUAGAAAUGUCUUUGUGAGAAUGAACUUCUUUGGCCUGAUGAACUUCCAGGCUCCUUACCUUCCCUGGGUGUUACUGGGCUUCUCAGUUUUACUUGGUAAUGCAAUAUCAGUAGACUUAGUGGGAAUGGCUAUUGGCCACAUAUACUUCUUUAUGGAAGAUGUACUACCAAGACAAAAUGGGGGUCAAAAAAUAUUAAAGACACCAAAGUUUUUGAAGAAGCUGUUUGAUCCUGCCCCUGAACCAGAUUAUGGCCCACUUCCAGAUCUUGAUCACCUAAGACCAGGUGGAUUUGACUGGCGUCGUCGUAAUGAUGAAGAUGAAGCCAGAUAA